AUAAUUCAAAAAUUUGAAAACGAUAAUAUUAAAUUUUGUGUUUAUCGUUGAAUUUGUGCAACUUUUAUUGUAAAUAACCACUCAAAAAUGUUAAUUUCGUUAAUUAUUAAAGUGUAAACAUAGUCCUGGAAUAUAAAAUUCUCGAGAUGCGUAGAAGUUUGGCGCCAAGUCAAUCGGCCGCACUAUCCCCGUUAAAUUCCACUUUUAAAAGUCCGCUCUCAGCAGCUUCGAAAAGGACACGAGAAUGCCGAGAACGUUCGAAAGACAAGACCGGGUCCAACAAUGGACCUUCACCGCCGAAGCUUUCGGCCUCGGAACACGAGAUGAUGAUUCUGAAAAUUCUUUCCCGGCCGUUCAAAAUUCCGAUUGCCAAUUAUGUGCCGGAACAUACGACAAGGUGUUUGGGAAUGAAACGUCCUCCGGCCCGGAAAUCGCUCCACGAUCCAUUCGCCUGUAACGCGUUAGUUUUGUAUAGUCCUCCGGAACUUUCCGAACACGACAAGCUGAAGAUGGACCCAAAUCAGAUUCAGGUACACGUCGUUGUCGAUCCGCUUCUUGGGAAUAUUUUGCGGCCCCAUCAACGCGAAGGCGUCAAGUUUAUGUACGAAUGUGUCACCGGAAAGCGAGGCGAUUUUCAAGGGUGCAUCAUGGCUGAUGAAAUGGGACUUGGCAAAACACUACAAUGCAUUACGCUGCUCUGGACUUUACUGCGACAAAGUCCAGAUUGUAAGCCAACCAUUGGAAAAGCUGUAAUUGUGUGUCCUAGUUCGUUGGUCAAAAAUUGGUAUAAGGAAUUUGCCAAAUGGCUCGGCUGUCGUGUUAAUUGUUUAGCCAUUGACGGAGGCUCUAAAGAACACACAACCAAGGAAUUGGAACAGUAUAUGGCCAACCAGAGUUUGCGUCACGGAACACCGGUGCUGAUCAUAAGUUACGAAACAUUUCGUCUGUAUUCACAUAUUUUGAACGCAUCGGAAGUUGGAGCAGUCUUGUGUGAUGAAGGUCAUCGGCUGAAAAACUGCGAGAACCUUACCUAUCAAGCUCUGAUGGGUUUGAAAACCAAUCGUAGGGUACUACUAUCGGGAACACCGAUUCAAAACGAUCUAACCGAAUAUUACAGUUUACUCCACUUUGUAAAUCCUGGAAUGUUGGGAACUACUAAUGAAUUCCGGAAACAAUUUGAAAUUCCGAUUCUGCGAGGUCAGGAUGCCAACUCGACGGAAGAGGAUCGGAAAAAAGCUAACGAACGGCUUCAGGAACUGUCGGCCAUGGUCAACAAGUGUAUGAUUCGCCGUACCAGUUCGCUGCUCACUAAGUACCUGCCAGUGAAAUUUGAAAUGGUCAUCUGUGUGAAGAUGUCCGAAAUUCAGAUGCAGUUGUACAAAAAUUUUCUGCAGUCAGAUUCCAUUAAGCGAAAUAUGCUGGAAAAGGCAGAGGUCAAUACUACUUUAACUGCUUUGUCAAAUAUCACUUCUUUGAAGAAGCUUUGUAAUCAUCCGGAUCUGAUUUACGAUAAAAUUCAAGAACGAGGAGAAGGUUUCGAAAAUGCUCACAAAAUUUUGCCUAGCAACUACAACCCUAAGGAGUUAAGACCGGAAUUAGGGGGUAAACUUCUUCUACUGGAUUGUAUGUUGGCCAGUAUAAAAAUGAACACAACAGAUAAAAUUGUUCUCGUAUCGAAUUACACCCAAACGUUGGAUCUUUUCGAGAAACUUUGCCGUAAACGAAGCUACGGUUAUGUGCGCUUGGAUGGCUCCAUGACAAUAAAGAAGCGUGGAAAGGUCGUGGAUGAGUUCAACAAACCCGAUUCGAAAGAAUUUAUUUUCAUGCUCAGCUCAAAAGCUGGCGGUUGUGGUUUAAAUUUGAUCGGGGCAAAUCGGCUGGUCAUGUUCGAUCCGGAUUGGAAUCCAGCCAAUGAUGAACAAGCCAUGGCACGUGUUUGGCGAGAUGGACAAAAGAAACCGUGCUUCAUUUAUCGAUUACUGGCGACUGGUUCAAUUGAAGAGAAAAUUUUCCAACGUCAGACACACAAAAAGGCUCUAUCCAAUACCGUGGUAGACAACGACGAAGACGGUGAACGUCAUUUCACCAGAGACGAUUUGAAGGAUCUGUUCCGAAUAGAUGAAAGUACCCUCUCGGAUACGCAUUCCAUAUUCAAAUGCAAACGAUGUGUUAACAACAUCCAAAUCAAGCUGCCACCGGACGAUAGUGAUUGCACCUCGGAUCUGACGCACUGGUAUCAUUGCUCGAACAAUAAGGGCAUUCCGGAUGAUAUCCUUUCCAAAUCUUGGGACAUUACCAAGUGCAUUUCGUUUGCCUUCCAUCAUCGAUCCAAUAGUGCUGUGGUAGAGCAGCAGAUAGCCGAACAGAAACGCUUAGAUGCCCAGAAAGGUAAGGAAGUCGAAGAUAAGCGAGAAGAGUUAAUAAGUGACGAGGAGGACGAAAAAGAGAAUGAAGAUUCGGCGUACUCCGACGAAGAUGAUGAAAAAGAUAAAGAUUUCGUACUUUAGUCAU